AUAAACACGCAUUCGAAAGCUUUAUUAGUUAUAUUGAUUUCAAUUUUAUCGGCAUAAACUGAUAUUUUAUAUUUAUUUUUUGAAUAAAAUCAGAAAUACGGAAACUCUAUUUUUCACAAUUUAACAAUUAUGUGGAUUGCAAAAAUUAUUUUAUUGUUAUUGAUUUUCAAUACGUGUGGUGGUAAUCUAUUGUCGCAACGCAUACUAUCUCAACUUCAAACUUCUGUCGUGCAGAAUCGAGUGGUGGAAUUGAUGAAAUUAUGUUUUUCUGACAAAUUAAAUCCAGCAAUUGUAUCUCAAAAUUUGGAUGAUAUAAUUAAUCAAAAAUCAUGGGAUCCUCUGAGUUCCAACACUAUAAUGAUUAAUGACAAUUUUAAUCCAAAAAUAGUUCAAGCAUUUUAUCCUGCGUACCCUACAUACGUCUUAUCAACUGAAUCACCAGAAAAACUUCGGAAAAUUUUGAACAAAUUGAAGGAUUUACCUGUCUGGAAUGUAAUUUCUUCUUUUUUUAUUAUUGAAUCAGAUGCUGCAGAAAACAAUUGCAAAGAUUCAUCUAAAAUGCUCCAAGUACUUUGGGAAGAUGAUUUGAUUAACUCAUUCUAUGUGUGCCAGAAUAAUAGUGAAGUAUUUUUGUACACUUACAAUCCUUACACCAAUCGAGCACCUGAGCCCUGGAGAAGAGUCAGAAAUGCCGAUAAUCCUGACAAAUACUGGACACUGUUUAGACAGUCGCUAUCUAUUGAUAAAGGAAUAUGUAGCAGUCUUCAAUUUGAUAAGACGAAAUCCCUCGAUGGAUAUCCAGUCAAAGCAGUGGCCUAUCCUAUCCGCAACCCAUCUAUGAGCCAGCAGAAAAAUAAGACACAACCAUUGAAAAGCAUAAAAGAUAAUGUAUCAAAUAUAAGUUAUUUAUUUUUUGAUAGUUUAUUCGAAGCUAUAAAUGCCACACCGAUAAUCAAUUUUGAUGAGGCCGGUGAUUUAGUUAAUAAUACAGCCGUAGGAUGUUUGCAAGCAUUGAUUAACGGUACACACGAUAUCGCGUUAAAUUUACGUAAAAUAGAUGAAGAUUCUUACGAGAAUAUUGACACUAUUAGAUUAUAUUAUCAACAAGGUUUUAUCUUAUCUACGAGAAAUUAUCCAAUGCGUUUAACUAAGGCUUCAUUAGGUGAUUUGAUAUACAUAAGUAAUGAAGUUAUUGUUGCUUUAGUACUAGUACUCUCAGCUACAUUUAUCAUUACGGUGUUUAGUAUAGAUAGUGUCGGUUAUCGAAACUAUGUACGAGGUUUUCUGGAUAUUUUAAGAUUGAUAUUGGGUUUCGGAAUUGAGGCACCAUUAGAGAGGGCAUCAGCGCGUAUGAUAUUCGUCGUUGUCAUUUUAGCAACGUAUUCAAUAAUUCCAGAAUUACAGAGCCAAAUAUCCGCUAUUUUGUGUUAUUCGGUCGGAAAGUCUUAUAUAGAAAAUUUCAACGAUACCCGUCAAGUACAAAAUGCAUAUAAAGUCAUUUAUUAUCCUCAAGUUUUAUCAAAAGAUAUGGAAAAUUAUAUAUCAUCGCUAAAUAAAAGUGAAGAAUACAAUGAAUAUUGGUUUCGUGAAAUGACAGAUAGUAACAAAUAUUGCGAUUACUAUCUUAGCAAUAGUUCUCGUUAUGUUUGCGUUGAUACUGUUGAGAAUCAAUUGGAAGCUUUAAAUAGAGGAUAUGAAAAUAUGCGUGUUGUCCAAAAAACUAUUUAUGAUAAGUAUUAUUCGUACUGGACUCGACGGAAUUGGGCGCUUAAAAAUAGAAUUGAUGACGUCGCUCUAAGAUUACGGGAAUCUGGUAUCAUAAACUAUUGGGAUAAACGGGUAUUGUAUGACAAACUCAACAAACACAAAACACCCAUAAAAGCUUGGAGACUAGAGUAUAAUCAAUUGAAUUCUAAAUCCUUCUUUUUACUUUAUUGGUUGGUUUAUUACCUCUUGAUGGCUUCUCUGAUUGUUUUUAUUUUGGAAAUAAUAGUUUACAAGUGUCAACACGAAUAUCGAAGAAUGUUGAGACGGUGGGAAAGUACUCAACUCAUUAGGAAGCCUCCUGAAGUCGAUAUAGAAAUUCAAGAAAUUGAAUAAUAAUUUAUUACUUGUAUCGUUAUUAUCAAUUUUUUGCGUGGAUUUCAAAAGUUACCAAUUAAACAGAUUAAUCAAAGUUUUUGAAAUGGAACCGAUGUUAAAAAAUUUUAAAUACCUCUAUUUUGACACUGUUCUUGCUAUAUCGUUAAUUUAAAAAACAAUAACAAAAAAUUAUAUUAAUUAGAAUGGAAUUCUUGUCACCGCAUGAAUAAAUUAAUUGCACCCACCUAUUAUUUGAUUCAACAUUAAAAAAGUAAAUUCACCGUAGACGACAAUUUUUCCACACGUACAGUUAGGUAAAAGACCUAGUACCCGAUCCGGGAUUUUAUACUCGAUCACUUCAUGUAUUUUUAUAUCUAUAUUUAGUAAAAUUCAGUAAAUACAGACAUGUUAAUACAUGAGUGGUUGGGUCCCCGAUUAGAAAAUACGAUUCAUGAGGAUUAAAACUGUUUUAAUCGUUUUGAACUCCCACGAAUCCUCGAUCGAUGAUUAAAUAGGAUUAAAAACGAUUAAAUGAAGAUUAAAGACGAUUCAUGAGGAUUAAAAAUUUUUAAUUCUCACGAUUCGUUUUCAAUCGUAAAAUAAUAUUGCAAUUUCUGGUUCCGAAUGAGGAUUAAAAACGAUUUAUGAGGAUUAAAUGUUUAAUCGUUUUUAAUCCUCAUGAAUCGUUUUUUCUAACCAGGAGUACUAAUUUCCUGAUCGGGUAUUGGGUCUCUUACCCCACAUGAAAACAAAAAUUCAGAAAACGUUUUGCGUAAUUAUUUAUUUAUAUUUAUAGUAAUUUCUAUCAUUAGUGCAUGUCAAUAACUAUAAACUGCAUUAUUAAACUUGACUGUAUGAUUAGUGAAAUUUAUUAUACAGUUUAGUAAAUUUCACUAUAAUAGAAUUAAAUUGAUUGAAAUUUAGUUUAUAUUAGUCUUUUAACAUUUCAUUAUUAUUAUUGUUAUUAUCUAUGUUAUGUAUAUAUGUUAGUGUCAAUUUUAUAAUUUAAAAAUCACUUGACUUAACCGAGAUUUGAACCCUGAUUUCUCGCGUGCAUAUCCUCCUCUCAGUCUGUCGCUCCGGUGUCUUCUUUGAACGAAAGUCUUUAAACUUGUAAUACAUAUUGGUAGAUACCCUAUCUCUACUCAUGUUUAAUUUUAUCGAUCUGCUUUGGAAAAAUUACAAACCUAAUACUAUACUAUUCUCCUGAAUUUCAGAAAUUGCUAAACAGAUUGUAAUUUUUACAUAUUCUUAGCAUUUAAUGCAUGUGUUACGUAAAUUUUAACAUUUGUACAGAAUAAAAAUCA